GGCACAGCUCCGCUCCCCGCAGCCCAGUGCCUCCCGCCGGGGACUGUCCUGCCAGGCCAUGCCUCCGUGGGCGGCCGCUCUCGCGCUGUUGCUGGCAGCGAUCGUCCUGCUCCUCCUGCGCCCCUGGAAGCGCGCCGUCGGAGCGCGAACUGCGGUCCGGGACCACGAGGAGCAGGAGGUGGUGAGCGGAGGCCCGGCGGAUCCGUUCAACUACCGGCGCGAACCGCUCCCCGGGGGCUGCAGCCUCAUUUGCAAGCCGUCGGCGCUGGCCCAGUGCCUGCUGCGCGCUCUGCGACGCUCGGCAGCGCUGGAACCCAGCCCGCGCUCCUGGCUGUCGGGACCCCACCUGCAGACCUUCUGCCACUUCAUCCUGCCUGUCGGGCCGGGGCCAGAGCUAGCCCGUGAGUACCUGCAGCUGGCAGAUGAUGGGCUGGUGGCUCUGGAUUGGGUCAUAGGACCUUGUGCCAGGGGCCGCCGGGUCACCAACCCUGGGAGCCUCCCUCCAGUGCUGUUGGUAAUCCCCAAUGCAUGGGGACGCCUCACCCGCAAUGUACUGGGGCUCUGCCUGCUUGCCCUGGAGCGCGGCUACUACCCGGUCAUCUUCCAUCGCAGGGGCCACCACGGUUGCCCUCUAGUCAGCCCCCGACUACAGCCUUUCGGGGACCCGUCCGACCUCAAGGAGGCGGUGACUUACAUUCGCUUCCGACACCCGGCGGCCCCCCUGUUUGCCGUGAGCGAGGGUUCAGGGUCCGGGCUGCUGCUGUCCUACUUGGGGGAGUGCGGCUCCUCCAGCUAUGUGACCGGUGCCGCCUGCAUCUCGCCAGUGCUACGCUGUCGCGAGUGGUUCGAGGCUGGCUUGCCUUGGCCCUAUGAACGUGGGUUCUUGCUGCACCAGAAAAUCGCUCUCAGCAGGUAUGCCUCUGCCCUAGAGGACACAGUAGACACCAGCAAGCUCUUCAGGAGCCGUUCCUUGCGAGAGUUUGAGGAGACCCUGUUCUGCCACACCAAGAGCUUCCCCAUCAGCUGGGAUAUCUACUGGGAUCUCAACGACCCACUCCGGGAUGUGGACGAGGCUGCUGUGCCCGUGCUGUGCAUCUACAGUGCUGACGACCCUGUGUGUGGGCCCCCAGAGCGCACUCUGCCUGCGGAACUCUUCCACACCAACCCAUACUUCUUCCUGCUGCUCAGUAGCCGUGGAGGCCACUGCGGCUUCCUGCGCCCUGAGCCCUUGUCAGCAUGGAGCCACGAGGUCAUCUUGGAGUCCUUCAGGGCCCUGGCUGAAUUCUUCCGAAUGGAAGAGAGGAUGAAAGGGCUGAGCAGGCGCAGGACUUCAUUUUUAGGGGGCCGGCGUCGCUGGGGGGGCCUGCAGAAACGAGAGGUUUCCCCUUCUUCCAAUCUAGAGGAGAUCUUCAACUGGAAGCGUUCUUACACCAGGUGAGGCUUGCCUGGGGAAGCCCCGGAAACUGUGAGAAAGACCUCCACAAGGUAUAACAGUGAAGGGGGUAGGGCUCUGUGCCCCUCUCUCUUAAACUGAAGAAAGAGAACUUUUGCUUUGAGUGCACUACCUUGAGAAGAAUGGCCCUGCCUCUAAGAACCACUGUUCAUCCUGCUUAGACCCUGGCCACUGGUCUCCUAAAAUCAAAGUCAAAAGCAGAGUAGCAACCCUGGCGAAGUCUGCGGACUGGAGAGAAAUUCUGGCUCCCCUAGCUGGGAGUCCAGGCAGGAUGAACUUAUGAGAGUCGACGGGUGGUUCUGUCCCACAUAAAUAAUCAUCUUGGUGACUCUGAGUCUCGAGCUGGAGCCACUUGGUACAGAAAGGACAGGAUGUUUGUGUCUCUGUCCCAUUUCCCUCAUGUGCUCUGCGGUUGUGGUUCUGCUCUGACUUGCAUAUCAGCAGCUGGGGAAGCAGGCUGUUGCAGUUGCCUAGCUCUCUUCAGUCUGAGAAGCCAGCAGAGGCAAGAGAUGCUGGGUUGAGGCCAGGGUGGAGAGAGCCAGCAAGGGUAGAAUGUGAGUGUCUGUCCCUGCCUCUCACGGUGGAUGCAAGCUACAGGGCUGACCUAGGCCUCUAGGCCAGGCUCUCAAGCUAGUCCAAUCCAUCUCUCCUAAAAGUUAUUUUAGGAGUAGGAGGAGCUAUUGCCUAGGGUCUAAGGGCUCUGUUAGAUUAUGGUUGUGGUAGCCAGGAUAGGCCAGAUACACACACACACCUUCAGUUCUGAUCCAGGAGAUUCCUUCAGAGAGCAGCAGCCAGGCAUGUUCCUGAGAUGUGGACUUUCUCACGGUCAGUGAGAAGAGUAAAAUAGAAUUUCUGAUCAGUUUUCUCCUGGUAUUAGCUUCUCCCUCUCCAUAGCUAGGCAAGAGAUCUGGGAGCAGAGGAGAGAAAAACCCCCAAAAGCUUGGUGAAGGCAAUCCAACUAUUUCUGAGUGUCUCGCAUUACAGCUUGGUCUGUUCAAUUAUUCAAAAGGCAGAAGCUGUUUUCUGAAUCCAUUCACUCAGUCACUAAGCGGGCAUUUGGUUUUAUGAGGAGUAAUGCUGACGAUCCAAGAGCAGCGAGCGCUAGCGCACAGGACGGCUCACAUAGCUGGGAUUGGAGUGAGCCGUUACAAAUCAUUUUGACAGCUGGACAUCUGGGUCCAUGUGCUGUUAAGAUUCCAAAUCUACCCUGAAAUUUUGAUUUUUAUCUAUUCAUGAUGCUUGGGUUUCGCUCACUAGGCAAACAUUCUACCACUGAGCUAUACAUCCAGUCCAGACGUUAUUUUUUAGUUUAUCAGUGGGAAAGAAGGCACCAGUUGUAGACUUAAAGCAGCAAACAGUUUGAAAGACACUUUCACAGCCAAAGGACAAGGAUAGCACACAAGGUGAACUGGGGGUGCGAUCCCAGGUUUGGAUAAUCUUAUUCUACCUUAUCUUAGGGUUUUUUUUUUGUUUGUUUGUUUGAUGAUUUGGAGUUUUGUUUUGUUUUCUGCCUGGCCUGGAACUUACUGUAUAGACCAGGCUGCUCUCAAGUACAGAGUUCCACCAGAGAACUGGAAUUAAAGGCUUGUGCUCUCCCACUGAG